UUAAAAGCUCAACUCUCUUCUCCUCCUUGGGCCUGGUACCUAUUGCAGGUCCCUGCUGGGUAAGCAGAGGGUGGGAGUUUCCCACCCCUCCCCAGAGAAGGGCAGUGGCCCCUGUCCCGAGCUUCCUAACCCAGGACUUCCAUUUCUGGCAGAGGAGGAACAAGACAGGGAGCAGGCCUGUUCCCGCUCUGGCUCUCAGCCUCUCCACGUGCUCCCAGCCUCUCCCUGCCUGGUGCUAAGCAGGGUCAUGAGUCUGGACCAGGUGGGAGAUUAACUCUUGGGCAUGGGAGCACUUCAGGGCAGGGAAGGGGGAGGAAUGACAGGUCCAAGGUCACCAACAGAGAGGGGCAGCUGCCAUCCUCGACAGAUCCCUCUUGAGAAUCCGUGAGAGAGGUAGUCAGGAAGUCUCACUGGAAAAGACAGCCAAGAGGGGCGCCGGGCACUCCUGGCCUGUGCCAAGCCCUGGCUUCAACCCGCAGGCCUCAGCUUCCCUGGCCCCUCCUCCCCCACCCCGCCCCACACACACUUAAUACUUCUGGCACCCAGUCCACCCGCUGCAGACCUUGGCCUUAGCAGUAGCUUGUGUGGGAGCCUGGGAAGACCUGGAGCAAAGUUUCUCAAGCGAAGCAAAAGAAGAAGCUUGAGGGGUUGUAGGACCCCCUAGCUUUCCCCUGAGGAGCUCGCGGGUGGGCCUGCGGGGUGUGAGCCCCACUUGGUGGAUGAGGAAGGGUCAGAGACACAGUGAGAUGCUCAGCCUCACACAGUGAGUUUGGAGCCACCAGGACUGAAGUGUAGGGGCUCCAUGUGUGUUUCCAAAGACCAGGCCCAGCUGGUUGAGCAGGAGGUAAGAGGCGAAAGCAAACAAGAUGCCUCUGCUGCUGUGCUCCUGGGUCUGCACACCGGACCCGGCACAUCUGGCGUUCGUUAAGUUCCCACGGAUACAGGGUGUGCCCAGUCUUCACUUUACUCAGCUGAACUGUAGUUUGCCAGUUAUCUGCCAAGCAGAUAAUUUCUCAGUCUGCUCAAACCAGAGACUUCCAGCUACGGGAGGAUACAAGGGGCGCGGGCUGGGGGCCCGAGUGAGCCAGACUCGUCUCCCUGCCCGGCCUCGGCUGCCACCUGCAGGUCAGUUGGGCUCCAGCCAUGUGGCUGCCUCUGCUGCUGGGAGUCUCGCUCUGGGCAACGCUGUGGUGGCUUAGGGACCGGCAGAGCCUGCCCGCCAGCGAUGCUUUCGUCUUCAUUACCGGCUGUGACUCAGGCUUCGGGAGGCUCCUGGCACUGAGGCUGGACCAGAGAGGCUUCCGAGUCCUGGCCAGCUGCCUGACCCCCUCAGGGGCAGAGGACCUCCAGCGGGUGGCCUCCUCCCGCCUCCACACCACCCUGCUGGAUGUCACCGAUCCCCAGAGCAUCCGGCAGGCAGCCAAGUGGGUAGAAACACACGUUGGGGACGCAGGGCUUUUUGGUCUGGUGAAUAAUGCUGGCGUGGCUGGCAUCAUCGGGCCCACCCCCUGGCAGACACGCGAGGACUUCCAGCGGGUGCUGGAUGUGAACACGCUGGGCCCCAUCGGGGUCACCCUGGCCCUGCUGCCCCUGCUGCGGCAGGCCCGGGGCCGGGUCAUCAACGUCGCCAGCGUCCUGGGCCGCCUGGCAGCCAACGGAGGAGGCUACUGCGUCUCCAAGUUUGGCCUGGAGGCCUUCUCUGACAGCCUGAGGCGAGACGUGGCUCCUUUUGGGAUACGAGUCUCUAUCGUGGAGCCUGGCUUCUUCCGAACCCCGGUGACAAACCUGGAAAGUUUGGAGGACACCCUUCAGGCCUGCUGGGCACGGCUACCUCCAGCCACACAGGCCCUCUAUGGGGAGGCCUUCCUCACCAAGUACCUGAGAGUGCAGCAGCGCAUCAUGAACCUGAUCUGUGACUGGGACCUGAGCAAGGUGAGCAGGUGUCUGGAGCAUGCCCUGACCGCCCGUCACCCCAGAACCCGCUACAGCCCAGGCUGGGAUGCCAAGCUGCUCUGGCUGCCAGCCUCCUACCUGCCAGCCAGCCUGGUGGAUGCUGUGCUCACCUGGGCCCUUCCCAAGCCUGCUCAGGCGGUCUACUGAAUCCAGCCCUCCAGCAAGAGAUUGUUGUUCAAGGAAAGGACUUUGAAUUACUUCUGUCCCUGACCCUGGUACUGCCUGGUGCCUGGUACAAAACAGGCACUCAAUAAAUGUAUACUGUUCAAAA